AUGCUCACAAGAAGAUUUUCUCGACAAGAUCGAACUGAAAAUGGACUUGGGGAGAUUUAUUCCUGGGUUUCGGCUCAACGACGUAACGAAGGUUAUUCAAUCACACUCCGUGCUCGAAUGCCUCGAAGUGGUGGUCUCCCGGAACCACAUCGUAAAAAAAUUUUUUCGGACUCACUUGACUUAUCUAUAACUAUGAGGGACAUCCUCCAUUCAUUUUUUAAAUCUAAUGCAAGCUCCCCAGAUCAAGAUUUGCAUAAAAUAUUUAUUCUAGGUGUCCAAUCAUGGGGGAUUGCAAAGGGACAAAAAUUUGUAGAUAUGGAAAGCUACCCUCCAUUCUAUAUGCAACAAAUCAAGCUCGAGUUCAUAGAAAAAAUCGAAAGGAAAAAGAUCGAUAAGAACAUGCCAACGUUGAGGUUGGGAGCUGUUUUGGGCAAAAUUACUGAAACACCUAUCUCAAAAAAGUCCCAAAUAUUGGAACAUGAUUUUCCAUUUAUUCCUGAAUGUAGAGGAUAUAAAUUCAUUUCUCCUAAAGCUGGUAAAGUUUUGGUAAAGGAUGACGAGAUUAAUGUAAUUCUGGAAAAAGAAAAAAACUCGAUAAUGAAUCAAGUAAAUGGUCUUGGCUUAUAUAAUGAAAAGGGGGAGGUAGUUAAAUCAUUAUGGGAUGGUAGUAGCUUAUUCGAUGAAGAUGGUAAAGUUACGAUAAAAGUAAAACUUGAAGUUCCUUCAGAUACUCAAUUACCUGCCAAAUUUAUGCUUAAAACUUCGUCCAAAAUUGGAGAAGCCCUGGCUUGUAAAAAACUUAGUGGAAAUUUUACUAUAAAAGAACAUAAAAAAUAA